AUGGCUCAGAACCCGGCAGACGAGCUGCUGCGGCGCCCGCUAUAUGUUUACGAUCUUCCGCCCGAAUGCCUCGCGGGCCUGACGCCGAAGCCAGAUGCAGACACCAUCGCCAUCGACGAACCCGCGACGCCACCCAGUAAGACCUCGGACGCGUCUUCCGAUACCUUUGUCGGCUCACAAGCCUGCUCUCUUUGCAAGCUGUCCUUCACAACCGUGAUAGACCAGCGAAGUCACAUCAAGUCCGAUUUUCACAACUACAACCUCAAGCAGAAGCUGCGGGGCCAGAGCCCGGUCUCAGAGGCCGAAUUCGAGAAGCUGAUAGAGACUCUGGACGAAUCGCUCUCGGGCUCUGACUCGGAAGAAUCGGAAGACGAUGAGGACGAAGGGCGUCAAGAGUCUACGCUCACGGCGCUGCUUAGGAAGCAAGCAAAGCUGACAGAGAGACGCAAUGCUGCCAAAGAGAACAACAAGGAAGGCGACAACGAUGACGACGAACCCUCAGGGCGGCCGGGCAAGGGAAAGCCGACACUUAUAUGGUUCGGUUCACCGUUGCUUCCAGAGAAUACAUAUUUCGGCAUAUACCGAGCGAUAUUCACAGACGAAGAGCAACGCCAGCCCGACCUGGUCGAGGUCAUCCGGAAGAAGCAGCUCGAGCCCAUAGCCAUGCCAAAGCCUGCAAAGGACGGGACGUUGCCGCCAAUCGCGUACACCGGGCCGCACUUCUUCCUCUGCAUGAUUGGAGGCGGCCAUUUCGCCGCCAUGGUCGUCUCUCUCGCGCCGAGAUCCGCCAAAUCGGGCAGCACAACCAUGAACCGAGAGGCCACCGUCCUCGCUCACAAAACCUUUCACAGAUACACGACGCGUCGGAAACAGGGCGGUUCUCAGUCGGCCAACGACAACGCCAAGGGCAAAGCGCACUCUGUCGGCUCGUCCCUGCGUCGGUACAAUGAGACUGCCCUGGUCGAGGAUGUGCGCGCUCUUCUCCAGGACUGGAAGGGGCUCCUGGAUUCUUCGGAACUGCUUUUCAUCAGAGCGACAGGAACCACAAAUCGGAGAACCUUGUUUGGUCCCUAUGAAGGACAAGUUCUUCAAGCCAACGAUGCCCGUAUCCGAGGCUUUCCAUUUAGUACCAGGAGAGCUACUCAGAACGAGCUGAUGCGGUCCUUCAUCGAACUGACUCGGCUUAAAGUCAAGGAGAUUGUCCCGAGCAGGGCAGAGCCAAACAAGGCAAGCACAACGCAAAGCAAGCCUACGACGCCCUCCAAGCCUGCAAAGCCGACCCUCUCAGAAGAGGAGGAAACGGCACUACUUCAUACAUCUCAGCUGCAAGCCUUUGUGCGGCGGUCCAAACUACCCGCACUUCUAUCGUACCUCACAAAGAACAGCCUUGACCCGGACUAUGAGUUCUACCCUCCGGAGCAGAACUACCAUACUCCACGCCUUCUACACUACGCAGCUGCACAGAAUUCUGCGCCUUUGGUGCUGGGGAUCCUUACACGAGCCGGAGCGAACCCGCUUCUUAAGAAUGCGGAGGGGAAGACCGCCUUUGAGCUUGCUGGAGAUCGCUCUACGCGAGAUGCCUUUAGAGUAGCACGCUCUGAACUGGGAGAGAGAAAAUGGGAUUGGGAUGCGGCCAAGGUUCCUCCGGCCAUGACCAAGGACGAGGCAGACCGCCGCGAUGAUCGGGAAAAGCAAGAGGCAGACAAGAAGGAAGCCGAGAGGAGAAAGGCGGAAGAAGAGAGGCUUCGUGCUGAGGGGCCAAAACUCCCUGAGCAAAAGACGAAAAAGGGGAACAGUAUAGCUUCCAUAAUUGCAAAGACACCCCAGGAGCGCAGGGAGGAGGAAGCCAGGGGGCUGACACCCGAGAUGAAGCUGAAACUGGAACGAGAAAGAAGAGCGCGAGCGGCAGAAGAGAGGAUCAAGAGACUACAAGGCGGUAGCUGA